AUGCACCUGAGCCAAUCUACACUUCGUAAACUCAAUAAAAAGAAAGCACUUGCUCUAAAUGCCAACAAAAUCAAGAAAAGACUUCGACGUCUGCCUAUGGCUAAAGAAACUAAAAGAAAGAAAACGUGGAGUGACCCGAAAAGAAAUAACGCAGGGUUCAAAUGCAAUGACCUAGUCUGGUUGUACAACCUACGGCGAAGAAAAAGGCAAUGCCCGGCGAAACUCUCAAGGAAUUGGAAAAAUCGGUACAAAAGAUACUCGGCAAAAUUUUCAAAAAAUUGGAAAGGUCGAUACAAGAUCACUAACAAGAUAAAUAGCGUGAUUUACAGGACCUAUGAUCCUGGAAAAAAAUGGACAAUGAUGGAAGUUGUCCAAUUGAAUGGAUCAUCCCUAUCUACCGAAAUAAAGAAGUAA